AUGGUUACCAAAUUUUUGCAAGCACUGGUAACCAGUUGUGCUGAGCAGUUCCCACUAAUCAGUUCAGGCUUUGACCAAGUUUUCGAAGACCCUAUUCUUGCAGGUGACAUCCUAAACGGCCAGCGGCUGAUCGAGUUCCGCCUGGGCCAGGAGGAGCGAGACGGCGACAGUCUCUCUGUCGCGUCCGCCGAGCUGCUGGUGCUGGCUGAAGCCGGCCCGCGGGCUCAGUACACGCUGUGGGCGUUCACCGUGAGCGGGAACGGCAGCGUGGGCGAGCUGGCGGGCGUCACGCGGCUCAAGGGCGGCUGGCAGCGGCUGGAUGUCACGGCGGCUGCGAGGCGCUGGGCGGCGAAGGGCGCGCACCAGCCGCUCAGGCUACUGCUUGACUGCACUGGUGGGUGCACGGGCCGCGUGCGGCUGCGGCUGGGCGGCGGUCAGGCAGCGCGGCCGUUGCUCCGCCUCCGCCUGUCGCCGCCGCCGCCGCGCCGCCGCCGAGCGCUCGACUGCGACGCCAACUCGCACGGCCGCUGCUGCCGGCAGACAUACUACGUGAGCUUCCGAGCGCUCGGCUGGGACGACUGGAUAGUCGCGCCGGAGGGCUACUACGCGAACUAUUGCCGCGGUGCUUGUGCACCCUUCCUUAAUUACCACUCGCAGGUGGUGGAGGCGGCGCGGCUGGAGCGCGCAGCGUGCUGCGCGCCGGUGCGCUUCUCCGCGCUGUCGCUCAUCUACUUCGGCGCCGACUCCAACAUCGUCAAGCGCGACCUCCCCGAGAUGGUCGUGGAGGAGUGCGACUGCCCGUAGCCACCAACACUAUGGUGUAACUGUGUGUGUUGGCGUGUGUACAUAGUAGCGUCGCCACCGCCCGCCCCGCACCCGCGCCCGCGCCCGCGCCCGCGCCCGCUCGCGCUUCUGCCGCUCUCGACUCAGAUUAUCCGACUCGAUUAUAAAUAAUAUUCUCGACAUGUGUAAUAUUUUGUUCCUCGCGUUCGAAAGACUAUAUCCUAAACGAAUAAAAAUUAAUGGUCGUCUACUCGCGAACUGGUUACAUCGUGGGUGAUGUACUGAGGGAAUCUAUAGUAAUGUAUUACGUUGGACCAAAGACGUAUCUAAAUCUAUCUAGUAUAUUAUAACAAUUAUAGAAGAAGAAGUCUUUGUUUUACACAUGUAGUGCAUUAUAUUCCAUCAUAUUUUCAUGGAAACGUACGAACGUCUUGCUAUUUCAGACAAUCUCGGUACAAAAAGUACUGCGGUUGACUGAAGUACCAUGACAAAUACGAACGUUUCCGAGAAAAUACGACGGAAAAUAAUUGUGUACUACAUCUGUAUAGAUUCUCUGAGUAAAAGCCCUUGCUAUUGCACGUUACGCUUCUCUAUCAUGUUACAUAGCUUCCCUAUACAAAUACCUACCGUUAAGUCAAAUAGGCUUUCUGCGUGCAAUCGCAUCGGCGACGCGACGCGCUGCGCCGCGCCGUGACGCGCCGCGCACCCGCGACGUUCCGAGCGCGUGUGUAGACGCCCUAAAUAAUUUAAUACGCCGUUUUCUUUCACCGUUUUGGUGAUCGCUUGUAAUUAUUGUAAACUGUAUUAUAAUAAUUAUUAUAAUUAUAAUAAUAAAUCAACUUUUUCAUAAUUA